AUGGCAGAGAAAAAGGAUGAUGGCAACAAGAUAAAUGACGAAUCCAACAAAGAUGAAAGUGGGUCUCAUUUGAAGAAACAGAUCUCUCCCUACGAUCUGUAUUCAAGUGAUAACCCAGGAAAUAUCAUAACCCAGGUACAAUUGAAGGGUGAAAAUUAUGAUGAAUGGGCUCGUGCAGUCCGAGGCUCGUUGAGAGCACGACGAAAGUUUCGAUUCGUAGACGGAUCGAUUAAAAAACCUGAUGAUGCUGCCCCUGAAAUCGAUGAUUGGUGGACUGUCAAUUCCAUGAUUGUUUCGUGGAUUUUCAAUACGAUUGAACCGAAACUUCGAUCGACCAUCACAUACAGAGAAAAUGCACAAGAAUUGUGGGAUGAUAUCAAACAGAGGUUUUCUAUUUCAAAUGGACCUCGCAUCCAACAAUUGAAAUCUGAAUUGGCGAAUUGCAAACAGAAUGGAGACUCGAUUGUCACAUAUUUUGGACGGCUUAAGAAGCUGUGGGAUGAAUUGAACGAUUUCGACCAGAUACCCAUGUGCACAUGUAAUGGGUGUAAGUGCGGCAUAUCUGCGGCGCUAAAUAAGAAGAGAGAAGAGGAAAAGCUUCACCAAUUUCUGAUGGGCCUUGAUGAUACUCAGUUCAGGACCGUGCGGUCUAAUGUCCUGAGUCUAGACCCGCUGCCGAAUCUGAACAGAGCAUACCAGAUGGUGGUGCAAGAGGAAAGAGUCGGAGUAAUGACUCGAGGCAAGGAAGAACGUGGAGAUCCAAUCGCAUUUGCUGUCAAGUCUGGUAGGACAUCGAGUUGGGAAAAGAAACCUAACACAGGGUCGGAGAAACCAUGCUCACAUUGCAAACGUGAUGGGCAUGAUAUCGACUCAUGUUUUCAGCUGGUGGGUUACCCAGAUUGGUGGGGAGAUAGACCUCGAUCUGUAGGUCGUGCGCUUGGACGUGGAAAGCAUGUGCAUCGACCAAUGAGUGGCGCGCUAAAAGGAAGAGGCAAUAAUGCAAAAGUGAAUAUGACACAAGUUGUUGAUGACACUGAAGUAAUGAAGUAUGAAGAUGAUCAGGUGCUGCCGGGGUUGAGUUCAAAGCAGUGGAAUGCUCUUCUUAAUGCGAUUAACACACAAAAAGGUGGGACGAGUACAAGACUAACAGGUGAGAAUUCAUGGAUUAUUGACACAGGUGCCUCUCAUCAUAUGACUAGCACUCUUGCGUGCAUGAAUGAUGUUCGAGAUAUAGAGCCUUGUCCGGUUGGAAUGCCCAAUGGGACACGGACAUAUGCAACUAAAGAAGGAAUGGUCACUGUUGGUGACAAGCUAAUGUUGAAGCAUGUCCUUUUUGUCCCUAAUUUAAAUUGCAAUCUCAUCUCAAUCUCUCAGCUCUUACAUGAUGCUGAUUAUAUUGUUCACUUUACUAAAACAAUGUGUGUUAUACAGGACCGCACUUCGAGGAUGAUGAUUGGAGCGGGUGAACAAUCAGAGGGGCUUUAUGUGCUUAGUGUGGUGACUCCAGUCCGUGCAUACCAAGCAAAUGGCAUUAGAUUUUGUGAGUUGUGA